AAGGCAUGUUGUUGUGGAUAUUUUUCAAUGCUAAGUCUUGCUGAAGUUUUUAAAAUAGGCGCUAAAUUCAGAGCUUUGUCUAUUGCAUAGCAAGCCUAAACGCCAAAGAAAUAAACCGUACUUAUUUGAAAGCUAAAAAUGCCAGUGCCACACAAACCAGCGACCGUGAAAUCUAAACUGCAGGGAUCUAAUGUUCAUAUCCAGUCAAAGGCACCAGUUACAAAGGGGGUUAAAGCCAAUGGAAAGAAGAAGGAUGAUGAGGAUGGGAUGGACACUGGUGAAGGAGAAGAGUGGAUGCAGGGAAAGACUCUUGUGAAGCCUCCAGACCAGCUGGAAUUAACCGAGGCAGAGCUGAAAGAAGAGAUAACCAGAAUACUAACUGCAAACAAUCCACAUGCUCCACAGAAUAUUGUCAGAUACAGUUUCAAGGAGAGCUGCUAUAAGCCCAUCAGCAGUGUGGAUCAGCUGGCUGUUCACUUCGUACUGGAAGGGAACCUUUUGUAUAAGGAUUCCAAUGAGGCCCGGAGACAGAUGGCUAAACAAGGCUUGACAGAGGAAAAGCCUGCGGAGGCCGUUCUUUCCGAAAUGGAUGAGGAAAACCCAGAAACUCCACAGGUGACUGGACAGGUGGACGGAGAAGAGGGUACAGUUGAAGGGGAGGAUGGAGGAGGAGAAGAGAGGCCAGACAGUGUGGACAUCAAAGCUGGCAAUAAAGAACUGAAACUCACCAACCAGUUCAACUACAGCGAGAGAGCAUCUCAGACACUAAACAACCCUCCAAGAGAAAGAGGUUGUCAAACCGAACCUCCUCCUCGUGCAAACUUCUCAGCAACAGCCAAUCAGUGGGAGAUCUAUGACAUUUAUAUGGAGGAAAUUCAGAGGCAGGAGAAAAGUAAAGAGAAGCAGAAAGUCCAGAUUUCAAAGAAGGAAGAGGACAAAGGCAAGAAGAAGAUGAUUGUAGCUGAGAAUCUGAGUGAUGACAUCUCCAAAGUGGCUAAAGUGAGUAAGAUCAUUGAGCGUAUGGUGAAUCAGAAUACAUUUGAUGACAUUGCACAGGAUUUCAAGUACUUUGAGGAUGCAUCUGAUGAGUUUCGAGAGCAAGAGGGCACUCUUCUCCCACUGUGGAAAUUUCAGUAUGAUAAAGCCAAAUGUCUGUCCGUGACUGCCAUCUGCUGGAAUCAAACAUACAAGGAUUUGUUCGUGGUUGGUCUUGGGUCAUAUGAUUUCACCAAACAGGGGCAUGGUAUGCUUCUCCUCUACUCCCUGAAGAACCCCACUUACCCAGAAUUCACCUUCACCACGACUUCAGGCAUUAUGUGUGUUGACAUCCAUGAACAUCUCUCCUACCUGGUGGCUGUUGGCUGUUACGAUGGCUGUGUUGCCGUGUACAACCUUAAGGAAGAGGGCCAGGAGCCUGUUUAUAAAAGCACAGCCAUAACUGGCAUGCACACAAACCCUGUAUGGCAGGUGAAAUGGCAGAAAGAUGAUUUGGACAAUAAUCAUAACUUCUUCUCUGUGUCUUCUGAUGGUCGUGUGGUCUCUUGGACACUUGUAAAGAAUGAAUUGGUCUUCACAGACAUUAUCAAUCUCUCGGUAGAGAGUGCUGUUCCUGAUGGCAAAGGCGAAAUGUCCAGAAUAGCUUGUGGAACAUCUUUUGACUUCCAUAAACAGAUCGACUUCCUUUUUCUGGUUGGCACUGAGGAUGGAAAGAUUCAUAAGUGCUCCAAAUCCUAUUCUAGCCAGUUCCUUGAGACGUAUGAGGCCCACAACAUGGCUGUUGAGGCUGUGAGGUGGAAUCACUUCCAUCCCAAUGUCUUCAUCUCCUGCAGCUCGGAUUGGACUGUUAAAAUCUGGGAUCAUACAAUCAAGCCCCCUAUGUUCAUCUUUGACCUGAAUGCGGCAGUGGAACAUGUGACCUGGUCUCCACACUCUUCCACUGUUUUUGCUGCUGUCACUGCUGAUAGGAAGGUUCAUGUGUUUGACCUCGGCAUUAACAAAUCUGAGGCUCUCUGUCAGCAAACAGUGGUGGCCAAGAAAAAGACCAAGCUAUCACACAUUGAGUUCAACCCUGUUCACCCCAUCAUCAUCGUGGGCGAUGACCGUGGCUGUGUCACCAGCCUGAAGCUCUCUCCCAACCUCCGCAAGAAGCCUAAGGAGAAGAAGGGUCAGGAGAUGCCAAAGGGGCCGGAGGUGGAGAUUGCAAAGAUGGAGAAGCUGUUGAGUUUGCUGAGGGAGCCUGGGAGCAAUCAGCAGAACUAAAGCAACUGUGAAUAUCACACUGAACGUUCAAUAAAAAAAUCCACAAAUGCUUCUGUCAAAAAAAGCUAUAUUUACAUUUGUAUAGUGAUAAAAAUCCUUAUAAAUGUCCUUAUUC